AUGGUCUGGGGCGCGGCUCCGCCCGCGCUCGACGUCCCAGCUCUGCUGGACCGCUCUCGCCGGAGCCGAUCGCUGCACCUCAUGCCGUCGCGCAAGUUGGACGGCGCCGGCUGCGUCAAGCUGUGUUCGGCGCUUUCGGAGGCGCCGGCCACACUAACAGAGCUCGACCUCUCUGGGCACGACGUCGGGGAGGACGGCGCACAUGCGGUGGGCGCGCUCCUCGCCACGGCCGGCUGUACGAUUGAGCGCCUCGGGCUUGGCAGCGCCGCCUUUGGCGCGGGUGGGGUGGAGGCGCUCGCCGCCGGCGUCAGCAGCGGCAGCUGCGCCCUCCGCUCGCUCGAUCUGGAGCACCGCGGCCUGGACGCCGCGGGCGCUGACGCGCUGGCGCGGCUGGCACACUCGGCGCUGCCGCACCUCUCCUCUCUCACCCUCUCCCGCAACCCGCUCGGCGACGCCGGGCUGCAGCCGCUCCUCGAGCUGCACUCCUCGGGGGCCGGGGCGGCCGCCGCACCGCUCGCGCGCGUGCGAGAGCUCGACGUCUCGGACACGCAGCUCGGCCCCGUCGGCGCGGCGGCGCUCGCCGAGGCGGCCGAGCGCGGCCUCCUCGCCGCCCUCGCCGUCCUGCGCGCGUCGGCAAACCCGCUCGGCGACGACGGCGGCGCUGCACUCGCGCAGCUGCUGCUCGCGGGCGGCGGGCGGCUGUCGCACCUCAGCGCGCGCGAGUGCGGCAUCGGGCCCGCGGGCGCCGCCUCCAUCGGCCGCGCUGCCGGCCAACGCCCGCCGCCGGAGCUUCUCGACCUGGAGGCGAGGCUCCGCCCCCGAGGCUCCGCCCCUCCCUCCUCCGCGUGCCAGCCUCCCCUCCUCGCUCCGCAGGACAACGGCGACGUCGGAGACGCGGGCUGCGAGGCGCUCGCCAACGGCCUCGGCGGCGGCGGCGGAGGCGGCGGCGCAGCUCUCGAUUUGCGGCUGGGCGGCUGUGGCUGCGCCGACGGCGGCGCGGUGGCCAUCGGCGCGGCAGGCGGCUGCAUCGCCGCCCUCUCGCUGCCGCGCUCGAAGCUCGGGCCCGCUGGCGCGGCGGCGGUGCUCGGCCUGCAGGGCCUGCGCCGCCUCUCCCUCUUUGCCAACCCGUCCGUCGGAGGCGAGGCGGAGGCGGAGCUCGGGCCUGUCCGCACUGCGCUCUGCGGCGCGUCUCACCUUGAGGAGCUCGAUUUGGGCGCGUGCGGGCUCGGCGACACGCGGCUCCUCGCGGCGCUGGAGGACCCGUCGAGCGCGCCGCGAUUGCAGCUGAUCGAGUUGCACGCCAACCCGCUCGAGAGCGAGGCGUGCCAGGCGGCGCUGGCAGCGCUGCGGGCGAGCCGCCAGGGCCUGGACGUGGCCUGGCGGCCGCCUCCCGGGGCCGGACAAGGGCCGGGCGGCGGCGCGUCAAGCGGGGGAGGGUAG